GUAUCCGAUGACGUUCGAAGAAGUCGGACAGGACUACGGAUUCGUCGUGUACUCCGCACAUGUGAACGUGGAUGCGCACGGCAAAGGAACACUCAAGUUGCACGGACUUCGCGAUCGGGCGCACGUGUUUGUGGAGCACACGAGGCACAUCUUCUACAGCUUUAAGCCUGUGGCUGGUGAACCGAAAACGGAGGGCGAGAUAUCCGUGAAGAAGGGUGAUAAGCUUGCCAUUCUGGUGGAGAACAUGGGAAGAGAUCAAGUUGGUAACCGUAACCAUGACCGCAAGGGGUUGCAGAACGUCACGCUCAACGGCAAGCACAUAACGGAGUGGACCAUGGAAGUGGUCCCAUUGACGAGGAACCAGGACGUGUCGUUGCUGAUGUCGAUCGUUCGUCACGAGGGCGACGGCAAGCUGCCGGGCUUCUUCGCCGGAAGCUUCACGCUGCCCGACAAGCAGGACCCCUUGGACACCUUCUUCGACCCCUCGGGUUGGGGGAGGGGCGUCGCCUACGUGAACGGCAUCAACCUGGGUCGCUACUGGCCCAUGGCCGGACCUCAAGUGCGCCUCUACCUCCCGGGUCCGUUCCUGAGGAAGCAUCCCGAGGAGAACCGGCUCUUGCUGUUCGAAGUGGACCGCGUGCCCAACGACAGGACAGUCAAGCUCGUCGAUCAGCCUUGGCUGGAUGCCCAAGGAAAUCUGCCUACGCCUUGAUUUUGUGUCGCUAUAAUAAUAACUAAUCGUGUUGCACGAAAUCAUUCAGACACGUAGUGAGUAGGCUUUUAUCAACUUCAACCGUGUAUAAGGGCCGUAUUCUGAAACGAUGGCGAAAGGUGACAAUCACCAAAUUGUCGCCUUUGGUGCGCGCUGAUUGGCCAUUGAGGAAAACCGGAAAAGUGAGGACGCCAUCUAGUAUUUCCUCGAGGUCACGGUGCUCUACGGUGCUCCUGACAUGCCUGAAAUAAAUGAACACACCUUCGUCGG